AUGACUCCCAAACACAAAGCUUCCACUCCUCAACAGCAGGCAGAGCAGAUCCCACAGAAGAUCCAAAAAGCCACCUUUCCCUCGGCCAACCUCCCCGCUCGCUCUCAAAUGGAGCGCAGAGGACCAUACGUGGAGAGAAAGGAAUCAAAGCGCGCAAAUGGCCACCGCGGGCGUUAUCCCCAGCGCGGACGGCGGCGUCCGGAGAGCCAUCUGCGGAGAGACGGAGAGUUCUCGUUAACCCGGGGCCUCCCAGCGAGCCACGCCAACCCGAGACUCGGCGUGGGGAAACGCCGCCCGCCGCCGCCUCCCCGCGGGAUGGAGCCCAUUGUGUGCGCCGGGACGCGCGGACACAGCUGCUCCCAGCGCCCCCUCCCCUCCUCUCGCUACCCCUCCCGGAGCUGCCCCCUCCCUCCCCGCGCUGCCCCCCCAUCCUCCUGGGGGUACCCCGCGUCCCCCCCGCGCUACCUCUUCCCUCCCCCGCCGUGCCCCCCAUCCUCCCCGGGGCUGCCGCCCCCCUGCUGGGGCUGCCCCGCCGCAGUGCCCCCUCCCCGCGCUGCCCCUCUCCCCUGUUACCCCACCCCUCUCCCCACCAGGACGCCCCGGGCCGGGGAGGGGGGCGCGUCCCGCCCGUUCCCGCCGCCCGCGCGCGGGGAUGGCCGGGCCCGGGCCGGACCCUCCGCACGCACCGGGUCUCGGCGCCGCCCGGAAGCCGCGAGGUUCGGCCCCGCGUCGGGGCUUCCCCGCGGCGGCCACCCCCACCGGCGGAGCCGCGCCCCAAACUUUCCGAGCCAGCCUACCUGGGGCGGGGGGGCCCCGCCGGCUCCUUCCCCUCAACGCUCCCGCGGCAGCCGCCACGCCAUCGUUACCCUCCUCCUCCUGCGCUCCCCGCGCUCCUCCCCCCCGCCCGCGCCCCAAACCGCCCGCCCGCGCGCUCCCGCCUCGCACACAAAGGCAGCAGCGGCGCGCGCGCCCGCGGUCCGCCCAGCGCGGGGGGGGGGAGGGGGCGCGCCGCGCGGGACCGGGCACCGAAGCGAUGGGGCGACCGCAUCUGGAGCAGCUGCGCCGCGGCCACCCGCCGCUUAG